AACCCUAAAGGGCUUAAACACCCGCGCCAUCUCAUUUGAAGUCGGUAGCCCCUCAUAGGCACUUGCCACAAGCAACCACUCUACUCUGGGGUUUAGGGUUUAUCAUAUCCAGUCGGGACAUUGGUACAAUACAACAACCAGUUUAGGAAUCCGAUCAUCUCUGUUUAAUCGUCUUCAAAAGAACAACAAUGGCGACGUCAAUCGCCUCACAACUGCAGGCAAUCAGGUCAAUUGUCAAAGCCGACACAGACCCUCUCAAAAGACCGUUUACCCGUCCCUCCAUCCUGUUUGACGCCAAAGAAGCAGCUGAUAUCGACCUCGAUACUCUCUUUAACCUUGCCCUUUCAGGGUUGGAGGGUCUUGUGAGCCUGGAUGAAAGAUUUGUGAACUACAAGAAUGAUUUGUUCACUCAUAAGAGUAAAGAACUGGAUCGAGAACUUAUGGGUGUGGAAGACAAUAACCAUAUCAAUGCUUCAAUUAGUUCUUAUUUGAGGCUGCUGUCCGGACAUUUUAAGUUACCUUCAGCACUAAGGACACUCGAAUAUCUAAUCCGUAGAUACAAGAUUCAUGUAUACAACAUUGAUGAAUUGAUUUUAUGUGCUCUACCUUACCAUGAUACACAUGUUUUUGUCCGGAUUGUGCAACUUAUUGACACAGGAAAUGGUAAAUGGCGGUUUCUUGAGGGUGUAAAAAUAUCGGGUGCACCACCACCCAGGAAGGUUAUUGUGCAGCAAUGUAUUCGUGAUAUGGGCGUUUUAGAGACUUUAUGCACCUAUGCCUCACCUACAAAGAAGCUACAACCUACAAGGCCUGUGAUAAGUUUCUGUACAGCUGUCAUUAUAGAGGUUUUGGGCUCUCUUACUGUUAUUGACACCGAUGUUGUAAAGAGAGUUCUUCCAUUUGUGGUUUCUGGCCUUCAGACUCAUUCAAAAGGAAACAUAGAUCACAAGGCAGGAGCAUUGAUGAUUGUUGGUUUACUAGCUAAUAGAUCAACAUUGUCUCCUAAUCUUGUCAAAACCUUGAUUCGCUCUAUUGCUGAUGUGGCACGUGAGGAUGUAGAACAAUCUACUGAUUUGCACUUGUUUCGUGUGUCAUUUAUGGCCUUGGUUAAUGUAGUACAGUUGCAAUCUAUGGAAGUGCUCCCUAAAAAGGUUGUGGAUAUCUUGAAGGAAAUUAGGGAUCUUUCGGGUGUUCUUUCUGGAUUGACCAAGGAGUUCAACAUCGACAAGUUUCUAGGGAUAUUUUUGGAAUCCCUCAUGGAGUACAGUCAUGAUGAUGAUUCGUGCCUUAAAGUGUUGCUUUCAAUGAUAAAAGCUGUUCCUGUUAAUGUUUUAGUUGGUCGUUUAGUUACAAAACUUCUUUCAACCUGCAUGAAGUUAUCCAAGAAAGGGAACAAACAAUCUUUAUCUGCACCAGUGGAAGGAAGCAAGGUGAAACAAAUCUUGCUCUCCAUCAAUGAACAUUAUCCAGUGGAAUUACGUGAUGCUGUUCAAAGUUUUUUGAAGGAUGUUGAAAUGAAUUCCAAGAAAGAUAGCUUCACAUAUGAGAUUCUCUGUAAGACAUUAGAUGGAGGGUUAGACUCGUCAUUUCCACUAUCUGACUCGAAGAUCUGGUUUGGACUGGAACAUCCACAGGCUAGGGUUCGACGUGCUACUGUUAUGAGUUUGGAUGCGGACCCCAUGAUUGGAGAUAAGUCUGCUAAUUCACAGAAGCUUCAAACUGUAAAUGAUGCUCUCUUGCGACGGCUGUACGAUGAUGACCUAAGCGUGGUUCAGGCAGCAUUAAGUAUGGGGAGAUUGUCUGAGUUUAUAAAAAAUACAGAUCUUCUUGAUGGUCUUCAAAAGGUGUUUAAAAGAUGCAUCAAUAUAUUAGUAUCAAAGGCAUCAAGUGAUACCACUUUAGCAGCUGAUGUCAGCAUGUCAUGUCUGGAGCAUGUAAUAUCAAGAUUUCAAGGCUCAGAACAAUAUGGAAAAGAGCUUGCAGCAAUGAUAUUUCCUUUAGUCUUAGUCAUGCCAAAGACCCAGAGGAUAAAUAUAAAAGCUUUAGAUGCAGCCAAACAGUUAAAAUGGCCUCUUUACCAGAAACUUGGCAGCACCUCUGUUUCUGGAAAGAAAUUAGCGCAUACAAGUACUUCUGCUCUCAAUAUGGAAAAUAUGGAUGUCAUGGCAGAAUGCUUCUUGGCCAACCCUGAUGAAUACGUGCAGUGGUUUGUUGGAUACUGCCAUGAUUUGGAGUUGUCAAAGACGUUAUUUUUCUUGAUUUUGUUGCAUUCAGUAAUGAAGUCACAGAAAGAUCUUGGUCGAUUUUCUGCUAUAUACGAAUCCUGUUUUCCAGUUGUUACAAAAGAAUGGGAAAAGUUAGAGAUGGCUGGGGUUGGAGUUGCUACAGAUGAGGCGAAUAGAAGAAUGGUGGACAAUGAUUGCAAAGCAUUCCUUGGUCAAAUGUAUGAUGUGAAUCUCGAGGUUUUGAAUGCUGAGAUAUUAAUAUCCAUAUUCUGGAGGUUACUGGAAGCUUUUUUUGCAACAGCUCUGGAUGAUGAAAACAAGAAGCAGAAAGUUAUUCUUCAAGAUCUUUUUUCUUUCUUUGCUUCUCAUUCAAAGGUUGCUUUCAAGAAACAUCUUCAUCAUCUUGUUGCAAAUCAGAAGAGCUCACCAGCCCGAUUUUUGUCUUCACUUUUCACGGAUGAAGGUGUUGCUGAUGCUGUCCAAAUUGAAAGUCUACACUCGUUUGCCUUUUAUUGUUCUCAUUUGGAAGAGGAAAUCCGUUUGGAAAAUGAAGUAGAUGAGGGUUUACUUCUUCAACUACCUGUUGAGUUUCCUUCAGUUCUUGUUCCAUUGUCUAGUGAUCACCAGGAAAUACGGGUAGCUGCAAUGAGCUGUAUUGAAGGACUACUUACCUUAUGGCCACAUGUUAGUUUAUCUGGAGGGAAAAAUGGGAGAAGUGCAAUUUGGAGUCAUUUUCUUGGAGAUCUUUUGGCUUUGAUGGUUCAGCACAAAAAGCUUAUAUUGUCUGACAAAAAUUUUCUUCCUGACUUCUUUACAACAUUGCUAAGCUCUACACAUCAUAGCAUGUUGGUUCCACAGAGUGUUGGAGAGAGAUUUGAUCGGCCAACAAAGGACAACAUACUGAAGUUUAUCUUGGGAUCUGCACUAUCAUUGUGUCCUUUUGGAAUGCUGAAAGUACUAUCUUUAGUCAAAGGUUUGGGAAGCCAAGUUAUGCUAGUUAAAGAACUCAACUCUUUGCUAAGUGACCUGUUAGAAAGACGCAGUCAUGAUAAAUCCCAUCAAAUAUUGUCAAAGACAGAAGUUCAAAUCCUAUGUCUUCUACUAGAGUGCUGUACAAAGCUUACCUCAGCAACUGGUGGGCCCGCUGUUGAAUCAUAUAUUUUGAAGGCUCUUCAGGUCGAUCGUUCAUACUCUGAAGAUCAAUCUAUAAUACAGCCGUGUGUGACUGUUUUAAGAUGUCUUAAUAGCUCUCUAUAUGGUAGUUUCAAGUCUGAAACACAAGAGCUUCUCUUUCAAGAACUCGUGUGUUUGUUUCGAAGCUACAAUGGUGACAUUCAAAAUGCUGCUAGAAUCGCUUUGUUACAGAUAAAGAUUUCCACAUCAAUGGUACAACACAUGCUUGAUUAUGUUUUGGAAAAAUCAAGUCCAUUAACUGGUACCCCACAUGGAAAAAAGAAAAAGAAAGUAACAACCCAGUUGAAACCUAAUGAUGCGGGCCAUACCCGAUGCAGCAAGCUCACAUUUUUAAGCUCUUUACUUGACAUUCUGUUACUAAAGAAAGACAUAGACAACAGGUCUGAUCUUAUUCAGCCACUGUUCAAGCACUUAACCAUAGUUUUCAUGGACAAAGAGUGGAUACAAGAAGCUGUGAAGCAGGAUCAGGAACUUCUAGAAGCUUCUGCUGAUGUUUCACAAAGUACAGAUGUCACAAUGUGUUAUAUUCAACAGAAUCUUUUAUCAGUCCUUGAAGGCAUCUCAAAUUCCCUUAUGCCAAAUGAUGAAGCUGCUCAGAGUUUUGACAUAAAGCUAUUGCUUAAUUGUACACGGUCUACAAAUGAUCCAACCACACGUAAUCAUGUCUUCUCAUUGUUGUCAGCAGUUUCAAAAGUUUUGCCAGACAGAAUCUUGGAUCACAUUCUUGAUAUUCUUACUGUCAUUUGCGAAUCAGCUGUAACACAGUGGGAUAGUCACUCCAAGAAAGUAUUUGAAGACCUGAUUUCCACUAUUGUCCCAUGUUGGCUAUCAAGGACUGAAAAUCCAGAAGAAGUGUUACAAGUUUUUUUGAAUAUAUUACCUGAUGUUACUGAACAUAGAAGGCUUUCAAUCAUUGUGCAUCUUUUGAGUACUUUAGGGGAGAGUGGAAGCUUAGCUUCAUUACUUUUCCUACUUUUUCACUCGUUGGCUUCAAAAAGCAAGAAUUUGGAGAAUUUCUCCACAGAGUGGGAGUACACUUUUGCCUUACAAGUAUGUCAGCAGUAUUCAUGCAUGGUAUGGCUUCCUUCACUUGUGGCAUUGCUUCAGAAGAUAGAGAUGGGUACGUGGGUCCCACAACUGUUUGUACAGUUGCUAGUUGCUAUGAAGUUUAUUGGUGACAAAUUACAAGACCCUGAAAUAGCAUUCAAGAUUAAAUCUGGUGAAGAUGUUGAUAGCAUUCAGGCAACAAGUGGGGAUCUCAUGGAGCUUGUAGUUACACACAUGCAACUUCUUGGAUCAAGAAGAAAGCAACAUGGUGUUUCAGAUUCAUUAGGAAAGGAACUAAAGGAGGUAAUGAAUAAUGUAUUGACAGCUGUCAGUAAAGGGCUUCUACCCUCGACUUAUUUUCAAGUCAUCAUCACUUUGUUAGGUCAUUCAGAUCGAAAUGUGAGAAAGAAGGCUCUAGGGCUUGUAUGUGACAUGGGAAAAGAGUUGACCAUGUUGACUCAAAAGCACAACAAGAAGGUAAUGAAUCCAAGUGUCAGAAGCUCAUGGCUUCGUUUUGAUGAAGUUGCAUCGCGACACUUCGAAAAAAUGUUACAUGAGAUCUUGAAGAUAGUUGAUGAUAGUGUCAACACUUCAAAACAUGCUUCCUUGAGACUUUCUUCCAUUUCUACCCUUGAAAGUUUAGUGACAGUUUUUCCUUCUAGUGAUUCCGUUUUCAACACAUGUCUAGCAACUGUCAUCAAACACAUACAUUCAGAAGACUUGGCUAUAUCUUCCGGAUGCUUCCGGACUGUUGGCGCUUUAAUUAAUGUUCUUGGACCUAGGGCACUCCCUGAGCUUCCUAGUAUCAUGAACCAUGUCUUUCAGAGGUGUGAUGACAUGUCAUCAAAUUCAAACGAGUCUCUCUUCAUGUCUAUUCUUGUUACCAUAGAAGCUGUUAUUGAUAAACUUGGAGGUUUCCUAAAUCCUUAUCUUCCUCAAAUCUUGGAACUUGUAAUCUUACGCCCUCAAUACGCAACCAACUCAAGUUCAAAGUUAAAGUCAAAAGCAGACAACGUUCGAAAGCUCAUAGCAGAAAAAAUUCCUGUACGGUUGUCGCUUCCACCUCUAUUGAAGAUAUACUCUGAAGCAAUCAAGAUUGGGGAUUCAGGAUUAUCGGUUUUAUUUCAGAUGUUGGGAAACUUUAUAUCUACAAUGGACAGAUCAUCUAUUUCUGCUUACUAUUUGAAUAUAUUUGACAUGUGUCUUGUUGCUCUUGACAUUCGUCGCCAACGUCCUGCUUCUGUCAAUAAUGUUACUGCUGUUGAAAAGGAUGUUAUUAAUGCAAUGGUGGUUCUGACAAUGAAGCUUACAGAAAACAUGUUUAAGCCUCUUUUCAUUCGGUGUGUUGAGUGGUCAGAUAAUGUCGAUGAGCAAAAUGACGAUUCAGUCCCUGGAAGUAUUGAUAGGGCAAUAUCGUUCUUUGGAUUAAUACAGAAGCUUGUGGAUAGCCAUCGAUCCUUGUUUGUUCCAUACUUCAAAUACUUUCUCAAUGGGUUGGUGCGACAUCUGAGCGAUGAUGACGUGGCAACACCGGGUCCCACUCGAAAGAAGAAGGCGAAGCUUAUGGAGCCAAAUGUAAACAAGAGCCCAGAACAUUCCAGGUGGCAUAUAAGGGCACUGGUGUUGUCAUCUCUACAUAAAUGUUUUCUUUAUGACACUGGGAACCUCGAGUUUCUCGACUCCUCAAAUUUCCAAGUGUUGUUGAAGCCGAUUGUCUCACAGAUUGGUGUGGACCCACCAAGCUCUCUAGAACAACAUCCAGAUGUACCAUCUGUGAAUGAAGUGGACGAAUUGUUAGUUUCUUGUGUUGGGCAAAUGGCUGUUACUUCUGCUAGUGAUCUUCUAUGGAAACCACUUAAUCACGAGGUUUUGAUGCAAACAAGAAGUGAGAAGGUGAGGACUCGGAUGUUGGGGUUGAAGAUAGUGAAGUAUUUAGUUGAGAAUUUAAGAGAAGAGUAUUUGGUGUUGUUGCCUGAAACAAUACCUUUCCUUGGAGAAUUGUUGGAAGAUGUGGAACCAAAUGUUAAGUCACUGGCUCAAGAAAUUUUGAAGGAAAUGGAGACAUUAAGUGGUGAAAGCCUUCGCGAAUAUUUGUAAAAUUUUUAAUUACGAUUAUAGUGUUCAUGUAGGAGAUGCCUUGGGCAUCAUCUCAAGUUUUGUUUGUUUGUAUUGUUUGAUAUCAAGAAAUUUUGGGAAUGCAACAACAUUAGUUUACAUGUAGUUUUGAAUUCUCUUAACUCGUAACAGUGGUUGUGGUUGUGGUUAGCUAAGCUCCACGUUUUUUGUAAUUUCAGGUAACUUUAGUUGAAAGAAUUUACUGAUUUUUGAGUCUUUCA